UAUUUAUCCGUUUUCCCAUAGAGUUGAGCAUCAAACGCAGGGACUGCGUCUGAGACCACCAUUGCUAGUUGUUUCGACCCGAAACGUCGCCCGUUCCUUCUCUCCAGAGACGCCGCCUGUCCCGCUGAGUUACUCCAGCAUUUUGUGUCUGGCUUGGGUUUAAACCAGCGUCUGCAGUUCCUUCCUGUGCAUUGCUUGUUUACAGUUAUACUGCAUUGGCCUCGUCACGAUCAUGCCGAGGAACCUCAGGGGCCGCUUUCCCUCUCAACGAGUUUGUCACCGAGAUCCAGGCUGCGACCGAUUAGUCCAAGAAGAAACAGAACAACUUCAAUACAGAGAUAAAGGAAUAGUCAGGUGGCUGAAGGAUGCCUCUGCCAACCUAGUCAAGCCUACAGUUUACACACCCGAGGGCGAAUUUACCACAGAGAGUGGCUCGGAAUUCAGUGAAGGCAAGAAGAAAGGUUUCAUCAGUAAAGUGCGAAAAACAAUAGGAAGAUUUGCCGCCCAUCGCUGCCAGCAGAAACAGUGCAAGACUUUUAACAAGAAGAUGGAAAGGAGUUGCGGAGGUGGUGCUUUAAGGAACAGAAAGGUCUUGCGAUUUCCGGUGAAAUGUGAUGGUUUUCUGAGGACGAGCAAGAUGACUGACUCUCCGCAGGAGUUCCUGGCGGAGGAAACACCAAACUGCCUCCAGAAUAAUCGCUCGUACUCAUUCAGAACCAGAGGCAACAGCCCGCCCACCACCCAGGUCAAACAGCUGGCAAAUAUCGAUGAAAAUAAGAUAUUUGCAACGUUCAAGGCGAAACUACAAAAAACAGCAAGAAUCCAAGUUGAUGUGGAUGUUGUGGAGGAUGAAACAGCGAGUAUCAUCGGCAACAGCCUGAUUGUGAGAUCUCGGCGCAUGUCCCGUCGAGUCUCUGUGACAAGCCUCUCCGCUGAUCAGCAAAAGGUAGUCGACGCAAGCAAAAGACAGCACCUAAAAAUAUUCAAGAAGAAAAAGAAAAAUGAUGCGGUUCAAAAGAGACGACAUUCUUUUUUAACGGUAGAAAAGCUUCAAGCCCAAGUAAACGACUUAAUAGAAACGGCCUCCGAAAAGUCAAUGAAAUUGUUGGCUCAAAGGCACGCAGAACUCCAGCAGUGCGAAUAUCUAGGAGAUGAAAUCCUACAAUCGUCCAAACAGUUUCAGCGGGUUUCCAGGAAGAGUGCCCGGAAGUACAAAUGGAAGAAGUGUUUGAUGUGUGGAUGUUGCUGCUAAAUCAGCAUCUUCAUUCUUGUAACAUGUUUGUGGAUGUAAAUUUCUCUACAGUUCCACCCGCCAGGUUUUCCGGCAUCUGGUGGUCUGGGAUCCCCUUUAAUCCGGACAAAAUUAAGAGAAAGCGCUUAA